AUGCAUAGUGUUAAACUGCCAACCAUCCAUGCCGACUCGUUGUUGCACAAAAACGGAGACAUUGCUACUGUUGAGGAAGAUAAGGAGAUUCAUCUUCUGUUCAAUAAUCACAUGGCUGACGUUGUUUUAGGUGCCCAGUGGGGUGACGAAGGUAAAGGAAAACUUGUCGAUCUUCUUUGUGACGACAUCGAGGUGUGUGCCAGAUGUCAAGGUGGUAACAACGCCGGACACACCAUUGUUGUGGGAGACAAGAAGUACGAUUUCCACAUGCUUCCUUCUGGAUUGGUGAAUCCAAAGUGUGUCAACCUGGUUGGAUCCGGUGUUGUUGUUCAUCUUCCAUCGUUCUUCGAGGAGUUGCACAAAAUCGAGGAGCAGGGACUCGACUGUAAAGGUCGUUUGUUCUUGUCUUCUAGAGCUCACUUGGUUUUCGACUUCCACCAGCGUGUGGACAAACUUAGAGAGGCCGAGCUUUCCAGCAACAAGAAGUCCAUUGGAACCACCGGUAAGGGUAUUGGACCAACUUAUUCCACCAAGGCCUCCAGAUCCGGUGUGAGAGUCCACCACUUGGUUUCGGACGAGCCAGACUCCUGGAAAGAGUUCGAGACCAGAGUCAGAAGACUUGUCGACACCCGUUUCAAGAGAUACGGUGAGUUUGACUGCGACGUCGAGACUGAGCUCGCCAAGUACAAGGAGCUCAGAGAAAAGAUCAAGCCAUUUGUUGUGGACUCUGUCCAGUUCAUGCACAAGGCUCUCCAGGAAAAGAAGAAGAUUUUGAUUGAGGGUGCCAACGCUUUGAUGUUGGACAUCGACUUCGGUACUUACCCAUACGUCACCUCGUCCAACACCGGUAUCGGUGGAGUUCUGACUGGUCUUGGUAUUCCUCCUCAGAGCAUCAGAAACAUUUAUGGUGUGGUGAAAGCUUACACAACCAGGGUGGGUGAAGGACCUUUCCCUACCGAGCAACUCAACAAGGACGGUGAGGCUCUACAAACCAUCGGUCGCGAGUACGGUGUCACCACCGGAAGAAAGAGAAGAUGCGGAUGGUUGGACCUUGUGGUGCUGAAGUACUCGUGUUUGAUCAACGGGUACACCUCGUUGAAUAUCACAAAAUUGGACGUUUUGGACUCCUUCAAGGAGAUUCAGGUUGGUGUCGGAUACAGUUACAACGGAAAGAAGCUUGAGUCGUUCCCAGAAGACCUUUAUGUCCUGGACAAGGUGGACGUUGAAUACAAGACUCUUCCAGGAUGGAACGAGGAUAUCACCUCUGUGAAGCGUUAUGAGGAUCUGCCAGAGAACGCUCAGAAAUACCUGAAGUUCAUCGAGGACUUCCUCCAAGUUCCUGUGCAAUGGGUUGGAACAGGUCCAGCCAGAGAGAGCAUGCUGGAGAAAAGGGUUUAA